AAUUGACCCGAAUUUCAUUAAAAAAAGGGGAAAUCCCCUGAAGCGGCACGCAACUCCCGACCCAACCCUCCGGAAAAGCGAGAGCGCCUGGCCUCGAUCCUCCGCUCUCCUUCUCCGCCUUCUUCUUCUUCUUCUUCUUCUUCUCCUUCUUCUUCUUCUUCUUCAUCUCACUUUACAAUUCCAGUUUUUCCCUUCAUCGGCGGCGUCUUCAAUUCUCAUCCAGGUUCAAUUUGUGAAUGGCUAUGAAAAAGAUUCCAAGCAACUCUGAUUCCCGACGAUCUAGGGCAAACUCAUAUGUGUUGCCAUCUAGCCCGUUGAAAAUUGCGAAAAAUGUUUACCUAAAGAAGAAGAAUUGCAAAGGAUCAGAGAAGAAAGAGUGGGAAGAUGCUACCUGCUCAGUCUGUAUGGAGUUCCCUCACAAUGCUGUGCUUCUUCUCUGUUCCUCGUAUAACAAGGGUUGCCGGCCUUAUAUGUGUGCAACUGGUCGUCGAUAUUCCAAUUGUCUUGAUCAGUACAAGAAAGCCUACACAAAAGUAACAUCAACUCAAAAUCCAGAACAAUUGAAUAUGUCGGUAGAAAAUUUAAGCGUCAAUUUGGACGCAGGGCAGCCGAGUGAGAAGGCUGAAGUGCCAGAGCUGCUAUGUCCCCUUUGUAGGGGACAGGUUAAAGGAUGGACAGUGGUGGAGCCAGCACGGAAGUAUCUUAAUUCUAAGAAGAGAAGCUGCAUGCAGGAUAAUUGCCCAUUUGUUGGACGUUACAAGGAGCUGAAGAAGCAUGUUAGAGCAAAUCAUCCGUUGGCACGACCGCGAGAAGUAGACCCUGUGCUUGAAGAAAAGUGGAAGAGAUUUGAGCAUGAGAGGGAGCGAAGUGAUGUGAUCAGCACGAUUAUAUCAUCAAUCCCUGGAGCUGUUGUGCUUGGGGAUUAUGUGUUGGAACCAAACCAAAGCGGGUUCUAUAGUGAGUACGAUUCUGAUAUGGAUGAGAAUUUGGAAGAUGAUACUUUCUUUUCUAUGGAUGCAUUUGGUUUUGGACGGGAUGGUGGUCUCUAUUCUCGUAGUAGGUAUCAUAGGGAGUAUAACAGGGGAGAUGAGAUUGAUUUUGGGAUGCAUCGUGGUGCAGGUCUCGGUUCUACUGCUACCGGUGGACCGGGACGUGGUUUCCGCAGAAUUAUAUUUGGGAGGUCGAGGCGGCCAAGACAGAGAGGAGGAUUUAACAGAGCCCCAUAAGUCUUAAGUUAUUUAGAUAUAAAAGAAGAGAGGAACAAGUGGGAGUUAGGGGGCGUAAGCUUUUAUUGAGAUAGGGCAUGUAUAUUCUUUUACAACUCUUCUUUGUAAUGGAGGUCUGUCGGCAUUAUUUCGUCGGUUAGAAAGUGAUAUACCCACUUUGUUCAUGGUGCAUAAGUCAUUCGUAGCUUUUCUUUUUCCUUGUUUUUAAUGGUCAAGAAUUUGGUUUAAACCGCCAGCUUUGGGUGUUUUUCUCCACUGGCUUUGGGGGGGAAUAGGCAUUAUUAGGAAGGAGGCAUCGGGUGUGAAGGUAUUUCAGCAGCGGAGCUCCCUCUGAGCUGAUUUGAUUUGUUAUCAAUUGUCAUUGUGGUGCAUUUGAACGACUGACCAACAGAUCAUGACUUUGGAACAAAUGGUUUCUUUUUUUUCUUUUUUUGUUUGUUGAAUUAAAUAGCAGUUAAUGUCCUUACGGUUCUUCC